GCCACUCUUAUUUUUGCAAAUUUCCCCGACGAGGGGUAGUGGAAUUUACACCAGCGGGUAGGGUUUAUCUUCGUCAAUGGCGUCCAUCAGCAGGGUUCUCUUCGUCAAUGGCGUCCUCUCCGCUGACGGCACUCCACCACUCCCUGCCAUCCUCGAAUCCCACCCAGGCGCUUACACGGCGACCCGCACUCACGACAACGGUUCGAUCGUCUUGUUCUGGGAAAGGCAUUUGCGCAGACUCACCGAUUCCGCGAAAAUUCUACUGAAUUCGAAUCCCAACCUUUUGUUUGAAUCCGGAAAUUCAGUAGACUUAUUUUCAUCACGUUUGACGCAAUCGUCAAAUUGGGAUUUGAUGGUUCGCUCCCUGGUCAGCAAUUCGGUGAGUAAAGCGUUGCCGGCGGCGUUGAAAGUGAGGAAUAUUGGUGAAGAAUUAUCAAUUGCCGUUCUUGUGAGUGGCAACUUGGAGAAGCUGAGAGCAGAUGAGGAUAUAGUGGACGAAGAAAUAAUUUCUAGGGCUUUUGAUGUGUACGUACAUGUGGGGACAUAUUUGCCUCCUGCGUUUGGUAUUCGAGAAAAUGGAGCCUGUUUGGCCGUGGUGGGUCAUGGGAGGGAUUUCGCUAAUGCCAAGUAUUCAGAAUGGGUUAGGCUUAGGAAGUCUUUGGAGAAGUUGAGGCCACCAGGGGCCACUGAACUUUUGUUGUCUAAUGAUGGGGAUAAGAUACUGGAAGGUUGUACAACAAACUUUUUUGUGGUUUGCUGUAAGGAUCACAAUGAUAGUAGCAACAAUGAGAGGGGGGAAGACAUGCAUGACUGCACUGCAUAUCCUUUUGAAAUACAAACAGCCCCAAUCGGAGAUGGUGUGCUUCCAGGUGUCUUACGCCAAUCAAUUAUUGACAUAUGCUUGAGAAUUGGAAUACCACUUCAAGAAGUUGCACCAUCAUGGUCAAACCAUGAAAUGUGGAUGGAGGCAUUCAUCACAAAUAGUCUGAGGCUUUUGCAGCAUGUGGAGAUAAUUCAAGUUCCUAGUUCAUGGAAAAUGCCAGAAUCAAAAUCUUGGAACGAUGUGACAUGGGAGGAGAAACGGUUCAAGGGUGCCCCUGGGGGGAUCACAACACUAAUUCAGCCAUUUGACAUCCACCAGUAGCGGCACCUCCUUCAGACAACCAAGGAAUCCUGAAGCCCCAUGUUGAUUUGCGAAGUUUGAAUGUCCUAUUGCUAGAUUGAAACCCAUCAUCGCUGUUCACGGAAAAUCAAAUCAGGCCGUUUCUUCUUCAAUUUGAGAGUCAACAUCAAGCCUCUGAUUGUCAAUCACUCAUGAUUAAGAACCUCCUCACAUCUGUUACAUGUUUGAAGACCACUGAUUGCAGUUAGUUUGAUUUCUCAAAAACCAGUGCAAGAAACCAAGGGGCCUCUCCUUUGUUGAUCAAAUCCUUGUUCUUUUGAGAGGUAUGACUCUUCUUGGAGUACUUAAGGAUGUUCUUUUUUGAGUUUUUUGAAUGUGCUUGAGUUGCAUUCUGCUAUUUCCUUGAUCCCAGAAUCGGCCACACUCUAGUUUGCAUCAGUGGUUGUAACGUGUUUGACCUUAGUUCUACCAGGUCCUCCAGCACUGAAAGCAAUGGAUUCAUGGGUUGAAGUCUUGGAGGUAUUCCAUAUCUCCAAAUUAGCCAUGUGAAAUUGGAUGGUAGCAAUUAUCUACCCUGGUCAUGUUCAUGUUGUUAUUUAUCAAUGCCCGAGGUUUAUGUGAGUAUAUCUCUAGUCAUAAACAUGAAGCAGCCAACUGAAGAUCCAACCUAUACCCGGUGGGAUUCUAAAAACUCAUUAGUUAUGGCCCAACUUUUCAACUCUGUGCAACCACAUCAUAUUGCUCGUGGUUAUCUACUAUUAGAUUUUACAUGGAAGAUUUGGAAUGCUAUUGCUCAAACCUAUUCUAAAGUAGGUAAUGAUGCCUAAUUUAUGAGCUUUUGAAAAGGGUUCAUGAGAACGAGCAAUGGAAUGUCUUUGACUCAAUAUUAUGUGGAACUUGGUAGUUUAUGGAAAGAAUUAGACUACUACCACGAGUUUCAGGCUAAAUGUGUUGAAGAUGCUGGUAGCAAAUGAUUGAUAAAGAGCAAGUGCUUAAUAUUUUUGUCUAGACUUAGGGUCGAGUUUGAUCAUAUUCAAAUCCAAGUUGUCAGCAAGUAACCUUUUCCUUUGUUUAG